UGUUAGGCCCUGCGACUGCCCGUCAGGCUAGCGAGGCUGGACUGCGUUUUCGGAGGAACCAUUGCGUCGAUGUCACCAGUCUAACCUCUCUCCACAGUACAUGCGACAAACCAACACACGUACCCUGCUUGUUUGUUCUCUUGUCUAUAAAGCACCAGGGCUGACUCUCUUUUCUCAUACAUCCUUCAACCCCGGAAGAGUUUCUUGACUGCUCAUCUCACAGUUCCGUUUCCCGGCCUGCAUUCCGCACCGACAAGAUGCUGAUCAAAGUCCGCACGUUGACCGGCAAGGAGAUCGAACUCGACAUCGAGCCGGACUACAAGGUCUCUCGGAUCAAGGAACGUGUCGAGGAGAAGGAGGGCAUCCCGCCUGUUCAGCAGAGAUUGAUUUACGGUGGAAAACAAAUGGCCGACGAUAAGACAGCAGAAGAGUACGGUCUCGAAGGAGGACAGACGUUGCAUUUGGUUCUGGCGCUCAGAGGAGGAUUGUCAAGAUGAUGGACAUUUGCGGACAAAGAUUGACAACACGGCCCCCCAAGCAUGCUAAAGACAGGCCAUUGCACAGCUGUUUGAAUGGACUUGCGAUGGGCUGGCGAAUGCAUUGGAAGAAAGGGCCAUCGUGAGAGCGGUACCAGAAGGGCAGACGGACGAGACUGGGCUGAAGAUAUGCAUUCAUGAGGUGUCUGCUCCUGACUCACCAUGAUGACGAGGGUGGGACGCAAUUGAUGAGCAACAUGAGUUAUAAGCGUGACGAGACAAGAUCGAGACAAGCGAGCAAGAGAGCCCAACGAAUGGUACGACA